CGGGGGAGACGAGGACCCCAAGGUAUACCAGGUCCCCGAGGGAGAGCCGGACCAGCAGGACCUCCCGGUAAACAUGGACCAGUAGGACCACAAGGACCAAUUGGCAAGGACGGAGUUCGCGGAAUGCAGGGUCCCCCGGGACCCCCGGUCCCAGAGGUAAGCCGGGUAAGAAAGGCGCACCGGGACAAUCGAUCUCGGCUCCCUUCCUGUUACAGCCUCCUGUUGAAACGACAGUGAACGAAAGUCAGACAGCCAUCUCGAAAUGUACAGCGGUUGGCAAUCCUCCUCCCAAGGUCACAUGGUCUAAGGUGAAUUCAUCACUUCCUGUCGGUCGUCACGUGGUAGAGUCCAGCGGCGCUCUGAUUCUUCAGGAUGUUACACCUGGAGACGAAGGCCAGUACACCUGCAAAGCUGAAAAUUCUCUGGGAAGCAUCAACGCAACAGCGAAGCUAACAGUGCAGUGUAAGUUCCAAUUUUAAUCUAAGGCUCUAAGCAAUGAUGUUUAUUUCUCCGUGACACAUUUUCUAUUUCUUGUCAGUUCCUCCCUCUAUUGUACUGUCAUCACAUCGCCUGAUGGUUGAAGAGAAACAAAACCUCACUAUCGCCUGCACUGCUACUGGUCAGCCGAAACCCAAAAUCACGUGGUCCAAGUCAGUUAACAAACUGCCCAAAGACAGAAACAAAGUGAUAAAUGAAGCCCUGACAAUCUAUAAUGCGGUAAAAAAGGACGGUGGAACAUACAUUUGUAAGGCAGACAAUAUUCUAAGUUCAGCAACACUCAUGCUCAAUUCACUCGGCUCAACUCAUGGUUUUCUCGCCUCUACGGUUUAAAGUCAAACCACCUAAAGAGGUAACCCCUGCAAUUGGAGACACUGUCCAUCUACCGUGUACGGCCGAGAGUGACCUGAGACCAAUCCUAACGUGGAAAAAGGAUGGCUCUACGCUUCCUGUGGGUUCUAGAAUUCUUCAGAACAACACUCUAGUUCUUGGCAGCAUCAAAAUAUCACAAAAAGGAUCUUACACCUGUAGCGCGAGUAAUCCUUUGACAACAAUAGAAGCCAAAGCCAAAAUCAAUUCUCCAGUUGGUGCCGCUUCGAUUCCUGUUCUGUUAUCAGAAAACACGUCAGCAGUGUAAGCGGAAAUUACGUUAUUGAUCCAGAUGGCGAGGGAGGUCUGGCACCAUUCAAUGUUUACUGUGAUAUGACAGCUAAAAAUGGAGUUGGCGUGACAGUCAUUAGUCACGACAGUGAAAGCGGAACAUCCGCGAAAGGAUACAAUGCCUGGGGUGGUUACUCACGUAAUAUUCAUUACACAGGAGUGAGUCUCUCUCAGCUGGCGAGCCUCACCAGAGUCUCAUCGCAUUGUGAACAGUUUAUCAAGUACCAGUGUUACGGUUCCGUUUUGCUCUACAAGAACGAUCCGUUUGGAUGGUGGGUGUCACGUGAUUCUACUAAGAUAGCGUACUGGGGCGGGGCAUCUGGCAAUGGUAGGUGCGCAUGCGGGNGGGUCCCCCGGGACCCCCGGUCCCAGAGGUAAGCCGGGUAAGAAAGGCGCACCGGGACAAUCGAUCUCGGCUCCCUUCCUGUUACAGCCUCCUGUUGAAACGACAGUGAACGAAAGUCAGACAGCCAUCUCGAAAUGUACAGCGGUUGGCAAUCCUCCUCCCAAGGUCACAUGGUCUAAGGUGAAUUCAUCACUUCCUGUCGGUCGUCACGUGGUAGAGUCCAGCGGCGCUCUGAUUCUUCAGGAUGUUACACCUGGAGACGAAGGCCAGUACACCUGCAAAGCUGAAAAUUCUCUGGGAAGCAUCAACGCAACAGCGAAGCUAACAGUGCAGUGUAAGUUCCAAUUUUAAUCUAAGGCUCUAAGCAAUGAUGUUUAUUUCUCCGUGACACAUUUUCUAUUUCUUGUCAGUUCCUCCCUCUAUUGUACUGUCAUCACAUCGCCUGAUGGUUGAAGAGAAACAAAACCUCACUAUCGCCUGCACUGCUACUGGUCAGCCGAAACCCAAAAUCACGUGGUCCAAGUCAGUUAACAAACUGCCCAAAGACAGAAACAAAGUGAUAAAUGAAGCCCUGACAAUCUAUAAUGCGGUAAAAAAGGACGGUGGAACAUACAUUUGUAAGGCAGACAAUAUUCUAAGUUCAGCAACACUCAUGCUCAAUUCACUCGGCUCAACUCAUGGUUUUCUCGCCUCUACGGUUUAAAGUCAAACCACCUAAAGAGGUAACCCCUGCAAUUGGAGACACUGUCCAUCUACCGUGUACGGCCGAGAGUGACCUGAGACCAAUCCUAACGUGGAAAAAGGAUGGCUCUACGCUUCCUGUGGGUUCUAGAAUUCUUCAGAACAACACUCUAGUUCUUGGCAGCAUCAAAAUAUCACAAAAAGGAUCUUACACCUGUAGCGCGAGUAAUCCUUUGACAACAAUAGAAGCCAAAGCCAAAAUCAAUUCUCCAGUUGGUGCCGCUUCGAUUCCUGUUCUGUUAUCAGAAAACACGUCAGCAGUGUAAGCGGAAAUUACGUUAUUGAUCCAGAUGGCGAGGGAGGUCUGGCACCAUUCAAUGUUUACUGUGAUAUGACAGCUAAAAAUGGAGUUGGCGUGACAGUCAUUAGUCACGACAGUGAAAGCGGAACAUCCGCGAAAGGAUACAAUGCCUGGGGUGGUUACUCACGUAAUAUUCAUUACACAGGAGUGAGUCUCUCUCAGCUGGCGAGCCUCACCAGAGUCUCAUCGCAUUGUGAACAGUUUAUCAAGUACCAGUGUUACGGUUCCGUUUUGCUCUACAAGAACGAUCCGUUUGGAUGGUGGGUGUCACGUGAUUCUACUAAGAUAGCGUACUGGGGCGGGGCAUCUGGCAAUGGUAGGUGCGCAUGCGGGAUGACUAACUCGUGUGCAAACCCCAGUUAUGGCUGUAACUGUGACAAGAAUGACCACAUAUGGCGUGAAGACAGCCGUCUCCUUAUUGACAAGACCAAGCUUCCUGUAAUACAACUCAGGUUUGGGGAUACUAAUGGUAGCAAAGAACAAGGUUACCACACACUCGGAAAACUUAAGUGCUUUGGAACAGUAUAAAGAAUCGCCUCUUCUAUUGAUUCGUAAAAGAAAGUUGAAAACUUUUAGUCAACUGAUGAAUAACUUCUAAUAGAAAUUUGCGCAUCUUUACGUUACAACUCCCUCUUCGUUUAGCUGAUGCUCUCGUUGUUCAUUAUAUCAUAGUUAAUAGAGCGGAAUGGUUAUGAAGUCCGUCAGACUUUUUUGUUGUAUGUUUUUGUGGACUUGAAGGUGCACAAACGUUCAUAGCAUUCUUCUCAUUUCGAUUUUAUUGACCAAUAAAAACGACGCAUUCAUUCAUUUAGUCACAAUUUGUGAGCAGGAAACAAAAGAGCUUCCAAAAUAAACUACCGCACGGUUAUCUGUUUUAUCGUUGAUGCUUCCCACCUUUCCUAACCAGUCUUUUCUGCUAACUAUGAUUAUAACGAUCAAAUCUUAUUUCACAUGUAUAAACACCGCCUUAUCGGAAAUAGUACCCGGCAGCAAUAACCCUGUUGCCUUUACUGAUUCAUUUUUUUACGACCGACAUUUUUAAUCUGCUUUUCUUUAUAAGUUAGUUUCGCACGUCGUGUAAAAUACAGAGCAGAGACAAUGAGUUAAUGAAUAAUGAACUAUUUUUUCUAAUGUACACUCAAAAAAGCUGAUAAGUCCCAAGGAUUGAUUUUGAGCAGCAACGGUGGUGCAGUAGUGACAGCACUCGCCUCCACUAAUGUGCCCCGGGUCAAAAUACUGGCGUCGACAACAUUUGUUGCUUGAAUUUGUUGUUGAUUCUCUCCCUUGCUCCGGGCGUGAGGGGUUUUUCUCCGGGUAAUCCGGUUUUGCCCUGUCGUCAAAAACCUACACUUCCAAAUUCCAAUUGGAUCCGGAACGUACGGACAUUUUAAAAACGAGUCGAGUCUUCUAAUUUACACGACCAAGUUUUACAUGAAGAGCAAAACCUGUUCGUGUAGAGACCUUUAAAAUUAUGCAACUUAUGAAUACAGAAACUUUUGUCCAUAGCUGCCGCUACCAGGAUAAUAAACCUCUGUGAAUGGGGUAAGGCACUGGCUAUGUCGUGUGAUCAUUGUCUUUAUUAUGAACACUAAUGUAAAAUUAUUCUUUAAAUUUAUAUUGCAUCCACCAUGGAUAAUUAUCCAUGCAUCCACACGUUGUCAAUCAGAACAUUUAGUAUUCAACUAAAAAGCCCGAUUUGCUCUUAUACGACAAGAAUAGUUCCGCUGAACAAAGUUCUGUAAGAAUAAAUAUUGAACUCAAUUUAAGCUUCACUCUCAAUGAGUAAUUCCUAUACGCACGUACAAUUGAUUGUCGGGGCGACUUGCUAAGUCGAGGCAAUUUUCCCUGUCGCUGUUAUGGAGGUUUUUCUUCUCACAAGGAAGGAAUUCAAUACCCAGAUUGGAACCAAAGCCCUCCUUAUAAUAACCGCUCUCUUAACCACUAACCACACCGACCUGCCAAAAUUUUUCAAAAAUGUACUCACAAAUCUUAUAUUAAUAACUGUCUUUCGUAGCUGAUACAUCUUUCACAGGUGCCACAAGUCCUUUCUCCAAAUAAUUGUCGUAAAUUAAGUAUUGGCUGACAGAUGGUUCCCACCAAAUACAAUUCAGAUAUCGAUUUUUUGCCUUAUUGUAACUUUAUCCAAAUCAUAUCUCACAUCUAGUAUGUCUGCAGGCUUCAUUUAUAAUACUGGCAUUGACUGUUAAAAUGACAUCGCUAAAUGGUUGACGUCGACAGAGUCAACACAGCUGCUUGCUACAAUUCAUAAAAUAAAGAUUAUUUGAGUUCGACAACAUCAUGUUUUCGAAUCAGGUGUGCGCCUUCCACAGUCACUUUAUUCUCACUAGAGACAAGUCAUAAACCAAAUGGCCCAGCAGCACUAUGGCCGAGCGGAAGAAUAAGGCCUAAAGUAGAUAAAUGUCUUCAUUUGCGAAAUACAACGUAACAGUUCAGUGGCGUGACUGGUAAUAUGCACAUGCGCACUACGCAAGAGCCGCAACCUAAUCUGUCACUUCAUUUAUUAACUUUACUAAUAAAUUCCUCAAAAAGUACAUGCAAAGGUGUUAAAAACAAACAAAUAAACAAAAAAACUUUCAAAUGCAUAAACCUGUACAAGACGUGUUCCUCACAGUUCGUAAAUUAUAAACUCUAUUUGACCUUAUUGUGACCAGUGACUUCCUGUUGCGCUAAAAUUCGCACAUCAAACUGAGAUAACUCCCCGGAACUUUCGAUCAUAUUUGUCAGAGAUAUAAAUAGGAUUGUUCGGAAAGUGAUAUCCCGUCAGACUAUCAAAGGCCAAGUUGUUCAACUGCCCAAGUUGGAAAGCCCUGCGACAUCAUAGUCCUAACCGAGCGGUUUUAUCAUGAAACAAGUAAGAUCAAAGGAGAGGCAUUUAACCAGAGUUACAACAAUUGACAGCGUGUGUUGCAAGUCAGCUUUGCUGCUGUCCAUUGCGUGCUGUAUCGCACUUAUUCACGUAGAACUUCGAAUACAAGAACAUGAUCGCCUAUUUUCACACUCAGUGACUCGCUCUGGUCAAAUGAAAACAGAAAUCUUUCGAUUUCAACAGAAAAAUGGAAGAUGGAGAAUAACCGAAAGCGGCCAUUUAGAUUUGGGACAGGAGACGAAAGGUGGGUAUUGAGAAAACCUAGAACGACGAUAGGUGGUCAUAGGUGGCUUCUUCCCAAGAAAAUAGUGAAUCGUUAAGUGCUAUUAAAUAUCUUCUUGCAUAGACAUUGUUAAAGGUCAAGAAAAAAAAGGAGAUAAACCUCAGAGAUAAAAUCUCCGUUCAGAUAGGCUCUUCUUGCCUACGGGAGGUAGUUGCUUAAGAGAAUCGAGCCACUCAGGCAGCCAACCAAAACAGAGAAUUAGUUUAGUCUUUCCCGGUCGCAGAACCUGCCAUAGUGACUAAAAAAAAUUUUAUUGGCAUUUUCUUUACUGUUUGUUCCUGAAGUUUAUUCAAUAAGCACGGUAUGUGUUCUAAUUUCGCUCAUAAGGUCAGGAAAGUUCGGCACGACAAUGACGCGCUUCAUCCGAUGACUCACAACCGAAACCGGUCAAAACAGCUUCUGAUGUAAAACUGCUCAUUAAAAAAGAACUUCGUCUGCUGAAGAAUCAAAUCUGCGCCAAAGAUGAAAAACUCUGUCUUCCAGGACCGAAGGGUAACACUGGAAGACGAGGAAGACGAGGACCCCAAGGUAUACCGGGUCCCCGAGGGAGAACCGGACCACCAGGAUCUUCUGGUAAACAUGGAUCAGUAGGACCACAGGGACCAAUUGGCAAAAACGGGGUUCGCGGAAUGCAAGGUCCACCAGGACCUCCUGGUCCCAGAGGUCCGCCUGGUGUGAAAGGCGCACCGGGACAAUCUAUCUCGGCUCCCUCCCUGUUACAGCCGCCUGUUCAAACGACAGUCAAUAAAAGUCAGACAGCCACCUUGAAAUGUACAGCGGUUGGCAAUCCUCCUCCCAAGGUCACAUGGUCUAAGGUGAAUUCAUCACUUCCUGUCGGGCGUCACGCGGUAGAGUCCAAUGGUGCUCUGAUUCUUCAGGAUGUUAGACCUGGAGACGAGGGCCAGUACACCUGCAAAUAUGAAAAU